GUGUCUGUUAUGAAAUGGAUACGAAAUGUUAAAGUAUAUUGUCAAACAAAACUUUUGAAAUUUUGAAUAUGUGUGUAGAUAAUGGUGCUUAAUAAUUAAACUAAUCAAACAUCAAGGUAAAUAGGUUGUGUUGCAUUAUACAUGCUGUAGUGCCCUAAUUAAAGUGUAGAAACUAAGUAAUUACAAUAAAAGUUAUUAUUUAUUUUUAUGUAUUUUGUUGCUGCAUAAAGUAUUGAUUAAUUUAAUUUCUCCCAGAUAUAUUACACUAGAUUUAAAGCAAGCUGUCUUAUGGAUUUCUCUACUGUUGAAUAUUAUACUAUUUUGUGUGUCUUAAUUGUUCCAGUCUAUUAUUUUUUUCAACUUUGGGCUUGGUUAGGCUGGGAAUUGUUCAAAAAUAAUUAAUCAUCAAGAAUAAAAUAAAAAAUCAAACAAUGUCUACCAUAUGCAGUUUAAGAGUUCAAAGUGUUUUAAAUAAAGACAAAGAUAAUACAAAUUUAUUUGAAAAAAGAAACCCUGUGGAUUAUGUUUAUAACCGAUCAGACAUCGUAGAGAGAGAAAAAAAUAUUCCAAACAUAUUUAUUACACCAGAAUUUAAUCGUUUGGAUGAUGUUUUGUAUCCAUCAAGCAUAAUAAAAAGAGAAAAAGACAUUCCGAAUAUUUUCAAUUUUAAUUCGAUUCAAGCAGAGUCUACAAAUACUUUCGAUUAUACAGAUAAAUUUUCUGAUUAUCCUAAUUUAUUUACCUUACACAAGACAUAUUCCAAACCAUAUGGUUGCAAAAGUGAUAUCUGGGAAAAAUAUUGUAGUUAUACAAGUGUAUUUAGUCUAUCAGAUUUUCAGCACCCUGAUUGUGCACAAUAUUUAGAGAUAAAUAUUAGUGAUAUUGCAAAAAAAGAACUACUAUAUUCAGAUGAUAAAUGCUCACAUGAAUCCCAGGAGAUAUUUGUUGGAACCAAUAAUUUAGAAGUAAACGAAUCAAAUAAAGUUCAUACAUGUUCUACUGUAGAAGAAGAAAAGAUAAGUUCUGCUCUAUGUUUUUGGUAUAUAUCUACAGGGAUAAAUGUCAGGGAUCAUAAUAUAAAAACAUAUUUCCCUCAAAGAGAAAUUAGUAGUUUAUGUAUCAUGCAAGAUAUCAAAUUAAUGUUGAUCAAUAUGGGCACAACUUAUUUUCUUGUAGAUCAAGAAACACUUAUGUACAAACGGAAUGGAAAUAUUAGUAUAAGUGGCUUAACACCAGAAAUGUUUGAAUCUGCUACAGAUCCAAUUUUAGAAUGUUCUAAUUUAUAUAAAGUUAUCAGUAGCACAAUAAACAAAUGGAAGGAAAUGUGUGACAAUAGUAUAAUUAAAGCAUUCAUAUUUUCUGCAUCUAAUAUAUUGGAUGAUUAUGAACGAUCAAUUUAUGCUGUAUCAAACGAAUCUUUGUUAUCACUUGUUGAUCGUUUAUCUCUUAUAACUCCUCGCUUACAAUUGUUAGCGAAUAUAUGUUGUAUAAAAACACGGGAUUGUAUUGUCAUUCCAGACCAUGUACCUUGUGGUAUUAAAUUAUUGAAUACAAUUUAUGGUUAUUUACUUGAACGUCGAUUCUCAAAUGAUUUAUUUCUGAAGAUGUUAUUAUACAUUUUUGAAUCAUGCUGCUUAGCUUAUUUCAAAUUAUUAUCGAAUUGGGUAUUAAAAGGGGUGUUAAAUAAUGAAGAAACUGGCAUGUUCAUUCAAGUAAAACCAGAUAUUGAAGAUGAAGAUACUAGUAGCCGAAGAAAUUGGGAUCGUUUUAUUAUAAAUGAGAAUAUAGAAGUUCCAAUAUUUUUAAAUAAAUAUAAAAAUGAUAUUUUAAACUGUGGAAAAACUAUUAAUUUCUUCAAAAAAUUUAACGAUUUAAAUGUGUUUUUACCAAAUUUAAUUUGCUGUUUCGAUGCCGUUGAUACUCAGAAGGCUUAUGAACAAUUUUCUACUUAUUUCAAAUAUGACCCCGAUUUAAGAGCUAUAAAUUGUGUAAAAAGAAUGUCAAACUGUUAUUUAUAUGAAUCAAUUGUUGGGCCUAAUUAUUCAAAAGACAAUACUGAUAGCCAUCAUAAUAAGAAUGAAAUUAUAACCAAUGUUAUAGAUCAUAAAAUAUAUUUGGACAGUGAAAAUUAUGAAUUGUUUCAAAUGCCUGAUUGGACUUCAGUUGAUAAUAUUUAUGAUUUUAAUAAGCCUUAUGGAUUUUUUUCGGAUUAUAAUGAUUCGUUAAAAUAUAAUGGCAAUUGUUUUGAUGUUAUUAACAUGAUAGACUAUAUACCACAUUCUAUAUUAAUACCGGCUCGCAUACAAAAGAGUGUUUGUGAUAAAAAAAUAUUGGACAUGUAUUUUGUUCAAGAAAAUUUAAUGGAACACCUAUAUUACUUAUCUCAGUGCUUCUUUUUGAUGAAUUGGGCGUUUUCAUCUAAACUAUGUACUACACUAUUUGAUGGUAUUGUUACAAACAGACAACAACCUUCAAAUAUCUUCAAUCCAGUCAAGUUAAAAUCUAUUGUAGAUGAUGCUAUUCAAGAUAGUUUUCCAAGAUAUGAACUACAUAAUUUGACAUUGGAGAUGACUUUUAUUCCCGGCUUAAAUGGAAUUAUUGACAUUUCAGACAUAGAAUGUAUAGAAUUAAAUUAUACACCCGAGUGGCCAAUGAACAUGAUUCUAUCAAACAAAAUAUUAUUGAAAUAUAGAAGAAUAUUUUUGUUUGCAAAUAAAUUAGAAUUUGUUUCAUGGAGCUUAUCAAAAGCCAGAGAAAUAUUGAAUGUAUAUAAAAAUGAUACAGGCUUACAAUUUAGAAAGAUUAAUCUUUUUAAACAUUGGAUGAAUCAAUUUGUUUCAUCUAUUCAGCAGUAUUAUAAGCAAGUAGUAAUUAGCACAUGUUGGUCAGAAUUAAACGAAAACUUUGAAAAUGUAAAAAAUUAUGAUGAUUUAUUUGCGUGUCACAAACAAUACAUGCAUACAAUGUUAAAACGGUGUUUAAUGGUUGUUGGUCUCAAAGAUAAACUUAUUCUGUUAAACAAAAUUUACAUAGAAAUAUUAGCUUAUUAUCAAGCAUUAGUGAGUGGUCAAUUUUAUUUGAAAAAUUCUGAAAGGUUACAUUCAGAGUUUAUCAGUAUGGAACAGUCUUUUUUUCGGUUUUUAAAGCUAAGAGAAAUGUUUUACGCAAGUGUAUUGAAAACUGUUCAAACCCAUGGAAAUCAUCAUGCAGUACAGUUGGAAAGUUUAAUAACUAUACUUGGACCAUUAAAUAAUAAUUUUACAUGAGAAGUAUUAAUUAAUAAAUAGUAUUUUAAUAUAUUUUAAAAUUGUUAUCAAGUUACCCAUAUUAAAUGUUAUUUUCUGAAUACAGCUAAUGUACUCAUGGUUUUCUGGCAAAGAAUUCCUGUAACUUCAGUUGACAUAUUAUGUUAUUGCAUGCAGUAUGCACAAAAAUGUUAUACUAAAGACUAUCACGUCUAUUAUGUUAUUUAUUGUUCUUUUAGUAUUAGUUUAAUGUUUUGUACUGUGUACCUAAUAGAAAUAUACUAAUUAUUAACUUAUAUGAUUAAA